AUGACUAAUUCAACUAUAGCUUCCUCAAAUUUAUUCAAACCAAUUAAAGUUGGUAAUGCUUUAUUGAAAAAUAGAAUUGCUCAUUUACCAACUACUAGAAAUAGAGCUCAUCCUGGUGAUCAUAUUCCAACAGAUUUACAAAAAAUAUAUUAUACUGAUAGAGCUAAAAAUGGUUCACUUUUAGUAACUGAAGCAACUAUUGCAACACCUAAAUUAGGUUGGUAUCCAAAUGUUCCAGGUAUUUGGAAUGAAGAGCAAGCAUUAGCAUGGAAGGAAAUUGUUGAUUCUGUUCAUGAGGCCGGUGGAAAAAUUGCUGUACAAUUAUGGGGGUUAGGAAGAGUAGCUAGUCCAAAAUUAUUAAAAGAAAAAGGUUAUGACUUUGUAGGUGUUAGUGAUAUCUAUGAACAUGAAGCUUCUGAAAAGGAAGCAAAAGAAAGUGGAAAUUUAUUAAGACCAUUAACUGUUGAAGAAAUUAAAACUUUAGUAACUGAAGACUUUCCCAAUGCAACAAAGCUAGCAUUAGAUGUCGCUGGAUUCGAUUAUGUGGCCUUACAUUUUGCAAAUGGUUACAUAGGGUCUCAGUUUUUAAAUCCCAAAAUAAACACCAGAACUGAUCAAUACGGCGGUAAAUCAGUUGAAAAUAGGUCAAGAUUUAUAUUUGAAGUUUUUGAUAAUUUGUUUAAGGUUGCUCCUGCUCAAAAAAUAGGUGUUAGAUUCUCCCCAUAUAAUGUAUUUCAAGAACCUGGUAUUAAUCCAACAAGUAAAGAAGAUUAUACCUAUAUUUUAAGUGAAUUACAAAAAAGGGCUGAUGAAGGUAAUGAAUUGGCUUUUAUUGAUUUAGUUGAUGGUAGAUACGAUCAAGAUGAAGUUACUGAAGAUAUAAACUUGGAUUAUUUUUAUAAAUAUUGGAAAGGUAUUAUAUUAAGAGGUGGUAAUUAUACUUCUGAUGAAAAAGAUGAUUGGAAAAACAUUGUUAAAGAUUCAAAUGCAAAUGAUCGUACAUUAGUUGGAUUUGGUAGACAUUUUAUUGCAAAUCCUGAUUUACCAGAAAGAAUUAAAAAAAAUGAAUCAUUAAAUAAAUAUGAUAGAAGUACUUUUUAUACUCCUUAUGAUUAUGGUUAUAAUACUUAUCCAAAAUUUGGAGAAAAGAAUGAUGCAGAUCCUAAUGCUAAAAUUACUGGUAAACCAUUGGCCUAG